CCACCACACCCCCGUUCGCCUUGCUCGCCCACCUUGACACGCCGACCCGACUCUCGCUGUUUUCUUUUUCAAUUUCUCACCUGCAUCCGGCCCUUUUGUCCCUCGUUGUAUUCUUACCCUCGCUAGUAUUCUUUUUUUCUGCUCUGGGGCCGAGCUGCGUUCUUUUUCGAGUCUCUCGCUUUGCGGUAUAAGACCCGCCGACUACACCACACCACCCCUUCUCACCAAGCAGGUCUGCCUCACAUUUACUUGGUUCUUCAACAGCAGCUUUUUGUUACGGAGCUGUGUGUUUAACAGACCAAUUUCAAUUCGCUUCUAUUCCUGUUUCUUACAAUGAAAUACAACGCCGCUCUUGCUGCGGCCCUGGCCACCGCCGUCGCUGCGGACCCGACAUGGCCAUCCUCCAUUGACGAACUCGAGGGCAUCAUGUACCAGCUCACCUCGUUCCGCGCUCGCCACUUUGCCGAUACCGUCAGCCCUUGCUCCAACGAAGCCUCUGGCCCGGGCCGCCAGAAUGCCGCCGAAUGGCUCCGAACCGCUUUCCACGACAUGUCUACCGCCAACACCUUCUUUGGCAUUGGCGGCCUCGACGCCUCGCUUCAGUAUGAACUCAACAAUGGCGAGAACACCGGUACUGGCCACCGCACCACCAUCCAGUUCAUGGCUCCUUAUCUUUCUCCCCGAUCCAGCUUGGCCGACCUUAUUGCUAUGGGUGUCUACACCUCGGUGCGCUCUUGCGGUGGGCCUGCUGUGCCUAUUCGCGCUGGCCGUGUCGAUGCCACCACCUCUGGCAACACUGGUGUUCCCCAGCCCCAGAACUCUGUUGGCACUUUCCAGCAGCAGUUUGAGCGCAUGGGCUUCUCUGCCACCGAGAUGAUCCAGGUCACUGCCUGCGGUCACACUCUUGGUGGUGUUCACUCUGCCGACUUCCCCGAUCUCGUCCCUGAUGGCUCCGCCCCCAACGGCGAGGCUGUCCUCGACUCUACUGUUGCCGUCUUUGACAACAAGGUAGUCACUGAAUACCUUGCUGGAACCACCAAGAACCCUCUUGUUGUCGGCCCCUCCGUCAAGCUCGACAAGCACUCUGACUUCAAGGUUUUCAACUCGGACGGUAACAAGACCAUGAAUGCUCUGGCUGACGCCCAGGCUUUCCAGAACACCUGCAAGACUGUUCUCCAGAAGAUGAUUGAUGUUGUCCCCAAGGGUGUCACUCUGACUGACCCCAUUCAGCCCUACAAGGUCAAGCCCGUUGACCUUCAGCUUACUUUGGCCGAUGCUGGUGCCAACUUGGCUUUCUCCGGCUACAUCCGUGUCCGCACCACUGGUCUUGCCAAGGACAGCAUCAAGGGCAUCACCAUUAGCUACAAGAACCGCAACGGCGCCGCUGGCAGCGACAUCAGCGCCACUGUCCAGGGUGUUACUCAGGGCUUUGACGACACCUUUGCUUGGUUCCCUAUCCAGGCCAAGGUUCCUGUUGGCACUGGUAUCUCGUCCUUUGUCGUUACCGUCAACAACGCCGACGGCACUAGCACCAAGUACGACAACAACGGCAAGGAGUACCCCCUCCAGGAUACUGUCUUGUUCCAGAAGCCCCAGUCCUGCCUUCUGCCCUCCACUGGUGCCCUUACUCUCGUCGCUGCCGUCCGCAACGAUGCUCUCGCCAACGGCGCCAAGGCUACCGUCUCUUACAAGGUUGCUCAGGAUGGCAGCCCCGCUCCUGCUAUCAAGACUGCUCAAGUCGACCUGACCAAGGGCCAGUGCAUCGGCUCUUACACUCUCUUCACCACCCAGUACACCGUUCCUGGCGGCAAGUCCCAGGAGGCCUACGUCGACAUUGCCAACGGCGACAAGGUCGACAGCUUCAAGGCCAUGACUGAUGUUGGCGGUUCCUGCAACGACUUUGGCAACGCCAUCCAGUGCGGCGCUGUCGACCCUCCUGCUAACUCCACCACCGUUAGCAGCACCAGCAUGCCCAUCACCACCAGCAGCAGCGUUCCUGCAUCGACCACCUCUGCUUCUUCCACCGCCAUUCCCACUCCCACCCACAUUGCCACUCUCGGCGGCUACAAGAUGGUUUCCUGCUGGACCGAGGGUGUUGGUGCCCGCGCUCUCAGCGGCGCCGCCUUUGCCAACGACACCAUGACCAACGAAAAGUGCAUGGAUCUCUGCAAGGGCUACGUCUACUGGGGUACCGAAUAUGGCCGCGAAUGCUACUGCGGUAACUCUCUGGCCUCGUCCUCUGGUGCUGCCCCCAUCGACCAGUGCAACAUGGUUUGCGGCGGCAACCCUGCCGAAUACUGUGGUGCUGGUUCUCGUCUUGAGCUGUACUCUACCACCGCUGUUCAACCCACCACCACUGGCACUCUCGCCCACAAGCCCACUGUCGCUCCCUACACCAUGGUCGGCUGCUGGACCGAAGGUGCUGGCGUUCGCGCCCUCGACAAGGCUGCCACCAGUGCCGCCAACAUGACCAACGAGGCCUGCGCGACCUUCUGCAAGAACUACCGCUACUUUGGUACCGAGUACGGCAGCGAAUGCUACUGCGGUAGCUACCUUGCCGACUCCUCGAAGGCCGCCCCCAUUGCCGAGUGCAACAUGCCCUGCGGUGGUGAUCAGUUUGAGUACUGCGGUGCUGCCAACCGCCUCGAGCUGUACAUGGACAAGGACAUCAACGGUGGUGUGCCUGAGCAGCCUGCUGCCAUAGGCAAUUUCGUGCUUGUUGGCUGCCAGACCGAAGGCAACGGUACUCGUGCUCUGGCUGAUGCCUCUAUUGCUCAGGACAACAUGACCAACGAGGGCUGCGGCAACUACUGCAAGGACUACACAUACUUUGGCACCGAGUACGGUCGCGAGUGCUACUGCGGUAACUUCCUUGCCAACUCGUCGCUUGUUGCCGAUAAGUCUGAGUGUAAGAUUACUUGCGCCGGCAGCAACCUCGAGUACUGCGGUGGCUCUAGCAGACUGUCGCUGUACAAGAAGAAGCCUGCUGUUCCUCCUCCUGCCAGCACCUCUUCGUCGACGCCUCCCGCUGGCACUCCCACCACCAAGCCUCCUGCUCGCCGUAGACGCAACUAGAUUUUAGUAUAUAUGUAAAUAGGUUGGCCCAUUUGGCAUAAUAAAAGUCACUGUGUAUAGACA